GCGUGUAACAAAUGACGUAACAAAACCGUCAACAAAUGCCACGAGACUUCGAUUGAUCUUUUUGCUUACUUUGGACUGAUUUAUCGUUUUCAAAGUAAACAUUUAGUACGCUUUGUCCAACUAAACUUCUAUACAUGACAGCUCUCUUCAGUUUUGAAAUUCCUGAAUUGGGGAAACAAUGCACAGCUUACGAGUGUGGAGCAAAGCACAAUUUAUCGUCUUCUAAAUCCAAGAUUUGACGUCAACGACAGUACCAAUAUCCGUUGUCUGUUCCAGUUAACAUACUGGUGAUGGCGACAUGAUUUCAAACUUGUCUCUGUCGGAAAACAUUCAAGGUGAAAGUGUCCGUGAAAAGGAGAGCAACCUUUCCUCCACGCAGAUCGUAGUGAUCCUCAUGUACGUUUUGGUGAUGGUGUUUAUCUGCACAGGCAAUGUGUUCACGCUAUUGGCAGUCUGUGUGAGGCGUUCUCUAAGAACCCCAACGAACAUGUACAUCGCAUCACUAGCCGUGGCAGAUUUCCUAACCGGACUGACGAUUCCGUACUACACCUCUAACUUGCACCCUGCGUUCGAACGGAUCCUGCAUCGGAAUAAAUAUGUCUGUCUUUUGCGAUACACCCUCAUGGCCACGUUCUUAUGCUGUUCACUACUGAGUAUGAAUGCGAUUUCCUACGACAGGUACAAAUUCAUCCACUAUCCAUUACGUUGUACACGAUGGUGUGAGGUCCGUGUCAUCAUUGCCGGAACAUGGAUUUUGUCUGUGAUCUUUGGAACUAUCCCGCUAUAUUACAACACCUGGGAUGCUACAACUGGAUGUAACACGCAAAAGAUAUUACCGACUACAUUCAACGUGUAUAUGACUUGUUCACUGUUCUUCCUAUGUUCGUUGAUAAGUGCUGGAUUCUACGGAUCCAUUAUCGCGUCUGCCAUCCCACAUCAGAGGAAGAAUAGCCUACUGAUGGUGUCGCGAUUCGGCAAGAGGAGCUGGUACCGGCGCGACGAGAUGAAGUCCGUAAAGAUGAUGCUCCUCGUGUUCGGGGUGUUCUUCGUGUGCUGGCUGCCGGCACUUCUGAUCGUCAUCAUUGAGUUGCACACACAGGUAAAUAUCAAGGUGAAGAAUGCCUUCCUGAUUAUUUUGUUCCUCAAUUCAGGAAUGAAUUUUAUUAUCUAUGCGUGGAAGAACGAUCAGUUCCGCAAGACCUUUAGCUCGUUUAUGGGACUGCGGAGACCGUCGGUUGAGAUGAGUACAGCGUCCGGAAUCACAGCCGUGUACGCGUCAAAAGAUGACUAUAACGUGUACUCACGUUUGCAGCUUCCAAGUGGACACAGACGCUUUAAAUCUUUCUAAUACACUAUUUAAAAUUAUGGUUGUGGGGUUUCGAUAAACCUUCUUCUGGGUUUUUUUGUUUUUUUUAGGGCGGGACGUAGCCCAGUGGUAAAGCGCUCGCUCGAUGCACGGUCGGUAUGAGAUCAAUCCCUGUCGGUGGGCCCAUUGGGCUGUUUCUCGUUCCAGCC